AUGAAAAAACCUACUGCAUCUUGUUCAACAUCCAAAAGAUCCUUCAAAACCAUGAACAACAAUAACCAAGACAUGUUCUCAAUGCUCUCAAGCCAUCUUCUCGUCCUUAUUGUUAGUUAUUUGCCUCUCAAAGAAGCAGCAAGAACAAGCAUCCUGUCCAAGCAGUGGCGCGACAUUUGGCGUCAGACCACAAAUUUAGAGUUCCAUGAGAAAUCCUUUGUAAAUCUUAAAGAAACUAAUGAGAACCAAAGAAUUCAAAGGAGUUCUUUCUUUGACUUCAUCAGGCGGUUACUUGCAAGCUAUCCAAAAAAGGAUAUUCAGAAAUUUUCAUUAGCUUGUUCAAAACCAAAGGAUUUCCUUAUAGACAUACAAAACUUUGUCAUUUUCGCCAUUUCAAGAAAUGUGAGGGAGUUAGAACUCGACUUCUCUGAUCCUACCUGGAAAGAAGUUGACGAUCUUGAUAAUCAUCCAGCAAUAGUUGAAUUGCCUUCCCAGGUUUAUCAACAUGUGGGUCUUGAGACAUUGAAAUUAUUCUCAUGCAAUUUUGAUGCAUCUAGGCUCAACAAUUUUCCGAACUUGAAAAGGGUUUCUUUGGGGUGGCUAGAAAUAAAUGUAGUUUCAUUCAAGGCCUUGUUAUUGAGAUUCCCUCUACUAGAGAGUUUUAAUUUAAAGAAGGUUGCAUCACUUCGAGAUUUGUAUACGAAAACUCAAGCCUAA